AUGAUGAAUUGGAUCAUAUCAGACUUCCCUCUUGGUGUGGUAACAUUCUUUAUUUGUAUUGAUGCGGUUGCAUAUUUUUUAUUUGAUUCAGAAUCACUCUGGAGAUUGCUCGUAUGUAUUUAUACUUUCGCUAUAUCUAUCGUAGCCAUGUUUGGUUUCAUGAUGCACCAUUACAUUCAGAAGAUUAAAAUCUACAACGAAAAACUAGGGAAAAUUGUCAUUCCCGAAUUUAUAGAGAAUAGGCCUUUUAAGGAAACAAAUGUGAUGCAAAAAGACGAAAUAUUAGCAAUCAUAUUAAGAAAUGUGAACGCUAAAUUCGUAUCCACCAUGAAGAAACAAUAUACUUUUAAGAACAUAGAUCAGUUAGUGAAAUUCCAUGAUUCUAUUGUUGCAGGAUUUUCUAAGAGGUAUUUUGAAAAUUAUAAGGAUUUACCGCUCGAAGACAUUCAAGGCUGGGAUAGAAUGUUAUUAGUCGCUAAGAACAUUCAAGACGAAGAUUUGAAGGAUGUCUAUGCUGACAUGGUUUCACCAGAAAUAAUUCAGAAAUACAGCAAUAUGCGACCCACUACCCAAGAAAAUGGGCUGACCGUGAACGGGGACUGA